AUGGCAUUAAUUGAUGACGAUUUUGAAGUGUAUAAUAUGCAAUUAAAUGCAAUGAAUAUGGACUUAUUAAACGAUAUGAACUUUGAAAAUGAGGGAAGACGAGUUUUAAUACAAGAAGAUCCUUUCGUUGUUCUCUCUGACCGACAAUUCAUUGGGACCUAUCGGUUAAGUAAGGUUCUAGUGCGAGAGUUAACCAAUCUGCUGACUCCUUAUAUAAAAAGUCCGAAUACAUCUGCUGGACUAAGUAUCGAAAGAAAGUUAUUAACAGCACUAAGAUUUUUUGCAAGUGGAAGCUACCAGCAAGAUAUUGGGGAACAUAGAGGUGCUUCUGUGAGUCAAGCUUCUGUAAGUAGGUGCAUUACUGAAGUAGCCAAUGCUUUGAAUGUUCCAGAAAUACUCAACAAAUAUAUACAUUUUCCAAGUUCUGUUAGUGAACUUAAAGAAGUUCGUUUAGGUUUCUAUGAAAAAUUUGGAAUACCAGGAGUAAUUGGUGUCAUUGAUGGAACUCAUAUUGCUAUUGUGCCACCCAAUACAGACGAUCUCGUUUAUCCUGAACAUGUAUAUGUUAAUCGAAAAGGCUACCACAGCAUUAAUACACAACUGAUUUGCGAUUCAAACCUGAAAAUUUUAAAUGUAUGUGUAAAAUUUCCGGGAAGUUCUCAUGAUAGUCAUAUUUGGCGUCUUAGUCAUGUGUUAGGAUUGUUGAAACAUUUGCAUUCCAUAGGACAUACGUCUUUAUUGGGGGACUCUGGAUAUGGUUUGAGACCGUGGCUAUUGACACCGCUUAGUGAAUAUCAACCAAAUAGCCCUGAAACUAGAUUUAAUAGGUACUUGGUUUUGUAG